UUUGAUAUGUUGCAUUUCCGGUAUACACAAUUGCGAAAAGACCAUGCCUGGUUCUUCGAAGUCAAAGGCAAACCGUGUAGAUUUUCACGAAUGUAUACAAUGUCACUGUGUAGUUCAUAACAAAGAUCUUAAAACACAUGUUAAUGAAUGCUCUAAUGCAGAAAAUGGCGGUAAUUUCUCUCACGCGUUCCUUAAAGAUGGAGUAUUUCACGGCAUCGUCUCGCUUACGUCAGGAGACAUACCUGUGUCAAAAGACAGAAAAAAAGAUGUGGCUCUCGUCCAUCCAUCUGUAAUGAAUUUAUGUUCUCUGUCCAUUGGUCAGGAGUGCAUUAUACAGAAGAAGUUUAUUGGGAUAGUUUGGCCCUUGACUAGUGCCCCCUCCUCCAAUGUAUCAGUGUCUGAGGAUUUAUUGAGGCUGCUGGGAUUAAAGGCAGGGGACCCCAUCACUGUCCAACCCCUGGUGGAGAGUCCAGUCAGGGCUGCAGAGGCCAGAUUCCAACCAAAGGAAUGGAAGCAAUUUUAUGAUGAAGAGGAAUUUCUCAAAUAUCUGAAAAAUUCUCUCUGUCACAAGUGUUUGAUGUUGCAGAGUGAGAUUUGUGUGACAUACUUUGGACAGCAAUGUCAGCUGAAGGUCACACAGUUAACAGCAGAAACAGAAAUUGAUCGUGUCCUUGACCUCAGUGUAGAUAAUGUCUGUAGUUUGUCUCAGGAAGUGGACAGAUUAAAUAUAUCCAGUUUAGAUGAGUCUUCUAUCCUUAAUGAGAGUGAUUAUCUGGACAGUCCUGUCAGCUCCACUCCAAACAGGGAGAGGCAGAUAAAAUCUCCAGGAGAAAGUCCAGGGAAGAGGAAUAACUCUGGUAUCUCAUCCUACUCCCCACAGAAGGGAGAUAUCUCAUUAGACAGUUCCCAGUUCAAAACUCCUGUUAAACAACAGCCAUGUCAUGGAGUAGGGGAGGUAUACAGGGUUUCUACAACAACGAAGUGCUGCUUAGAGAGGAAUGAUAAAGUAGGGGGAGAGAAGCCUGGACCUCCUCCGGUGAUGUUUAGUGAUAUCGGGGGAAUGACAUCACAGAUCACCCUCCUGAAGGAAACUGUGAUGCAGCCCCUUAAAUCACCUCACCUGUUCAACUCUACAGGACUGCCCUCACCUCGUGGUGUUCUAGUGUUUGGGCCGAGUGGGACAGGAAAGUCUAGGUUGAUACAAGCUGCAUGUAAUGAGAUGAACAUCUUCACACAGACGGUAUCAGCUACUGACAUCAUCAGCAAAUUUUACGGAGAGUCAGAAGCCAAUCUGAGAAAUGUCUUCAAACAAGCAGAGGAAAGAGCUCCCAGCCUCAUUGUUAUGGAUGACAUUGAUUCCAUGUUUGGAAAUCGAGAGAAAACUCAGAGUGAGGCUCUACGUCGUCUCCUAUCCACAUUGCUGACUUUGAUGGACGGCAUUUCCUCUAAAUCUUGUCCUGAUCGGUUUGUGAUGAUUCUGGCAUCUACAGUACGACCCGACUCACUAGACCCCGCUUUACGUCGCCCUGGUAGGCUAGACAGAGAAAUAGAGGUGGGCGUUCCCACACCCAAAGAGAGGCUGGAGAUUCUACAGAAGUUACUGAGGGUUAGUCCACACAGUUUGAGUGAAGACGACAUGAAGCAGAUAGCAGACACAACCCACGGUUAUGUAGGAGCAGAUCUACUAUACCUCUGUCAACAAGCCAGAAUAAAUGCUGUCAAAAGAGAACUCCAGGGAAGAGAUGAUGAUGUCAGAUUAAAUGUAAAUGAUGUCACUGCUGCCAUGACAACCAUCCAGCCUAGUGCUAUGAGAGAAAUUCAGCUAGAAAUCCCCAAAGUUAAUUGGACGGAUAUUGGAGGUCAGGAAGAGGUCAAAUUAAAGCUAAAACAGGCGGUGGAGUGGCCCCUCAGGCACCCUGAGGCCUUCCAGAGAGUGGGGAUUUCCCCUCCCCGGGGAAUUCUGAUGUAUGGACCCCCUGGAUGCUCGAAGACCAUGAUUGCUAAAGCCUUAGCAACAGAAAGUGGGCUCAAUUUUCUUGCAGUAAAGGGCCCGGAGCUCUUCAGUAAGUGGGUGGGAGAAUCAGAAAGAGCUGUGAGGGAGGUGUUUAGAAAAGCCAGGGCAGCUGCUCCAUCUAUUGUCUUUUUUGAUGAAAUUGAUGCUUUAGCCAUAGAAAGAGGCAGUUCCUCGGGCAGCAGUAAUGUUGGGGACCGUGUUCUCGCCCAGCUCCUGACAGAAAUAGACGGGGUCCAGAGUCUACGAGACGUCACCAUUGUAGCCGCUACAAAUCGCCCCGAUAUGAUUGAUAAGGCUCUGAUGCGGCCGGGUCGAUUGGACAGAAUUCUCUAUGUCCCCCUCCCUGACAUGUCCACCAGACACAAGAUCUUUACAAUCCAUCUGAGCAGAAUGCCGGCGGGGGACACAGUGGACGUGGAUCAGCUAGUCAAGGUCACGGAGAAAUACUCGGGAGCCGAGGUGUCUGCAGUGUGCCAUGAGGCGGCCAUGUUUGCCCUUCAGGAGGACAUUGCGAGUGAGAGGGUGGAGCAGAGACACUUUGACAAAGCUCUGACAGUGGUCAGGCCUCGAAUCAGUGACCAGCUGAUCCAGUUCUACCAGAACUAUCACCUAAAGAGUGAUCUACAGGCUGUCUGAUGUCAUAUCAUAAAACAUUCUUCCUAGGUCAAGGUCUGUUUGGGGUACGAUUGAAGAAUUUUUGACAGAGUUAUACCCCUUGUCAGCAUGAGUGUUCUGCAAACAUCUCUUGUAAAUAUUAUGAUACCGAAAAAGAUGAAAACAUGUCCAAAGACUUCAUGGUGAACAUAUGUAUAUCCACAGCAGGAAGCAGAUAAUAACAACAUUGUAUUAUAGCUUAGCAAUUAGAAAUAAGUUAUGGAGGAAAUAAACGUGAAGAGUCAAUUUUUCGUUUUUUUUUUUUUAAUUAGAGGAUGUACAUAUAUACAGUCAUACAUUGCAGGCCUUGUUUUAUAAAGGAUAUCCUCUAAGUAUGUACUUCUUUUUACUAGGGGAAUGUCCGGUAAAUGUAACAAGCAUCUGUAAAGUAAAUGCUCAUAUAUGAAAGCCAUAAUUUAUUACCAGUUAUGAAAUUUAAAUUUUGCUUUGUAGAAAUAUUUUUCAAGUUAAAAUGACAUGUUGGUUUUAUUUCUGUAUAGAAAAUGAUGUGCUGAUUAACUAGAUUUUGUUUUCAUGUUCUGAGUAAUUGACCUUAGUCACCUUAAUGUUAACAGCAUGUUUUUACUUCAAACAAAUGUAAACAACCAAUACAAAUUACAUAUACGUACCUUAAGCCUGUUCCACUAAUUACGUAAAUACCUAGUUUCAGAGAAUGUGUUAAGGAUUGUUGAAAUGUUGCAUUUAAGAUUUUUAAAAAAGACAUAAGAUAAGCCUGGAGCAGUAUUGUUAUACAUGUAUAACAGCAUUGUAAAUGCUACAUGCAUUGUUUGUAACCUUGUUUGACCUCUACUUUUACUAAGAUUUAAGUAAAAAAAAUUGUAUUUGUUAGUGAAGUAUUCCUUUUUGAGAUUUUGGAUUUAUUGCAUGUGCUUGAUUUACCUUGUAGGAGUCAGAAAAAACUUGCUUUGUGAUCGGAAAGUCGUGGGUUCGAACCUCGACUGACCUAAUAAAAACAGGUAGCAACCGAUCCUUUGCUGAGCACAGGCCACUGGAAGUGAAAGAUGCUGGACUUUCAAAUGAGACCUUAAAAAUUUAAGAUUCUUGUCAUGAAAGGCGUUAAUUGUCAUGAUAAAAAUCCCUCAAUGGCACUGGGUACCGAGCAAAGCUCUAAAGAAGUCCUUCAUUUCUGAAUUUAAGAAUUAUUCAGACAUACAUUUUCUUUUAUUAGUAACGGCUUUAAGAAUUAUUGCCUAUAUUAAAGGCGUGAAAAGCUUUGUUACAUUACAAGGGUUCUGUAAAACAGCAGACAUUUUGAAAAUUCUUUUCUUUUUUUUUUGUUGCGAUGAACCCUUAUAUUGAAGAUAUUGCUACACCUUCUUUUACAGCUCUCAUAUCUUUUUAAUUUAAUUACUUUAUUAGUACUUAUGUAUUUGGAAGUGUAUUCAUAUUUUAAAAAAUUGUUUUCACUUUACUGAAAAAUACACACCUAUAAUCUGAACACUGAGUAUUGAUCUGUCUGGUUACAUGUACUGGUAUUAUUCAUCAACCUUUUUUACUGCUAUAUAUUAAAAAAAAACAUUUUAGGCAGAUGAUAU